UUACUUACUUUCCAGUGGCUGGGUUGUUGGCCCCACACUCGCUCGGAAGCUCGGGUCUGGAGCGGUGUUUGCUGCUGUGGUCGAGGGCGGCCCAGAGACCUACGGAGAGGAGCUGUCUGGCAGGCCAGGAGCCCCUGGGACAAGGAAUCCGUUGGCAGUUGCUGGGCGGCUGGUUUCGGAGGCUGUCUCUCUGCUGCCCAGUAGAACAGGGCAGGGGCCGCUGUGGAAGAGUUUUAUGGCAGUUGCCUGUAGUGGUUUCCAUACAGCACAAGGGUGCGUGGAGCUGCCUUCACAGGGAUCCCGGGCCCUUCUCUUCGAUCUGGACUUUCUGAAAUAUCCUGGCUUGCGUUUGUGCCGGGGUGCACUGCAGGGCAUGUUGGUUUCUCUGCAGAUGCCAGAGGUGCCAGCCAUGGGCAAGCAGCAGCCGAUUCGUCUCCCGGGGGCAGGCAGGGCUCAGAGCUCACGAGGCUGGUUUGGGCUCCAGGUGGUGCAGGGAGCUACGCUGGUCAGGAAGGUGGCCCAGCACUCCGGCGUGUAACUUUGCCAGGCUGUACCUAGCUCAGGCCCCUUCCCAGCCCAGCUGCGACCGAGAGGAGCAGAUGCUGUUUGCCUAGGGUUAGAAAUGCCUCACGCAGCUCUAGCAUUUCCAUGCCUGGGCGAUGGGAUGGGAAGUUACGCAGCCUCGUGCUCUGGGGCCAAGGGGGCUCUGCCUGGUCUCGGAAGCCUGGCCCAAGGGUGCUGUGUUCUGAGCCGCAGAAGAGUUUUGGUCUCGUGUGUCUGUGAAUUCUCCAAAGCUCCUAUUUGCACUGAGUGCUCCAGCCCCUCAGACGCAGGAAAUGCAAUGUGGGGCACACAGGAUGCCCUGUCGCGUGGGGGGCCGUGUGUGGCUGGGGAGCUGGAGCCAGCCGGGGCCUGGCUGACCCCCGUCUCGGUGCAGCCCGAGAACCUGCUCUAUUACAGCCCGGACCCGGACUCCAAGAUCAUGAUCAGCGACUUCGGGCUGUCAAAGAUUGAGGGCUCUGGCAGCGUCUUGUCCACGGCCUGCGGGACCCCCGGCUAUGUGGCCCCGGAGGUGCUGGCCCAGAAGCCCUACAGCAAGGCUGUGGAUUGCUGGUCCAUUGGUGUCAUCGCCUACAUCCUGCUGUGUGGUUACCCCCCCUUCUAUGACGAGAAUGAUGCGAAGCUCUUUGAGCAGAUCUUGCGGGCCGAGUACGAAUUUGACUCGCCCUACUGGGACGACAUCUCCGAGUCAGCCAAAGAUUUCAUCCAGCACUUAAUGGAGAAGGAUCCCAGCAAGCGCUUCACAUGUGAGCAGGCCCUGCAGCACCCCUGGAUCGCCGGGGACACUGCGCUGGACAAGAACAUCCACCAGUCUGUCAGUGAGCAGAUCAAAAAGAACUUCGCCAAGAGCAAGUGGAAAGAGUUGGAGCCAGUCCCCAUUAGCGGCACCCAUUCACAGCCCCCUGUCCUGGUGCAGCAAGCGUUCAAUGCCACUGCCGUGGUGAGACACAUGAGGAAGCUGCAGCUUGGAACCAGCCAGGAAGGACCAGGGCAAACCACUCCACCCAGCCCCUGCGACCUGCUGGAGGCUGGCGCCAGCAACGCAGGGUCAGACUCCAGGGGCUGCGACAGGUUGCUGGGGCCCAGCUCUCACUGCCCCCCCCAGGACUGACAGCACCCAGCAUGGCCCUGCCCCGUGGGGGCCCUGGCAGGCUGGGCUCCAAACUUGGGGAUGACCUGCGCAGGGUGGGUGGUGGCGCUGGCAUUGGCAUCUCAUUGCUGCAGCUGCCAUGAUCCAAGCUGGGUGACUGGACGCAGGCUGCAGCCCUGGCAGGGCACAGCAGAGAGCUGUCCCAGGACGGAGCCUCCGUGGGAGAUAGCAACCGCAGCUGGCGCUUGAGGCACGGACACCCCUGCUGCAGGGUCCAGGCUAGGAGCCUAGCAUCUCCCCUGGGGCAGAGCCAGGCCCAGCCUCCCUGGGGGCCACGCCUGGGCUGCAGCCCUGGGCCAGGCACACUGACCCCCCAACAUGCUGGGUCUUGCAUGUACUUGCUCACACCACUGCAGCCCCCUUCCCUCCCUCUCUGCUGUAGGGAGCUCAGGAGCUGGGACUCGCACUCUGGCCGGAUGCCCAACAAGGGGCCCUGAGCAGGCUACUUGCCUAGCUCUGCUGAGGGGGUGGGGAGGGUAGGGCUUGGUGCAGCCAAGCUGCAGGGUGAGUGGGUGGGGCUGGGGCUGGCCUCUGCUGUGGAACAAGGGGCCUGGUUCACCUACUGCAGCCCCCAUUCCUGCCCCCCACACCCGUGUCCCCGGCCCCUUCCCGCAUGUUCAAGCAGAAUUUCCACGCAAGCCUGUUUCUACAUUGACACUUGUAUUAAAGGAAAGCAGUGAAUGCA